ACCAUAUGCUCUCCUAUAAAUUCUUCCACUUCCAAUUUCCCGCUGCACAACGAUUCCCAGCAAGCAAUCUACUUCUUAGCGUACUGACAGUUUGAUCAAUCUACAAUCUACAUCUAAGUUCUCCAAAUCUCACUUAUUUUUUCUUAAACAUGUCGCUAAUUCCAAGUGUUUUUGGCCGAGGAAGCAACAUAUGGGAUCCAUUUUCUCUCGACCCUUUUCAAGACUGGCCGUUUAAUUCUGCACUCUCCACUCAGAUUCGUUCCGACCUUUGCAACGAGACAUCUCAGUUCGCUGCCACUCGGAUUGACUGGAAGGAGACGCCGGAAGGCCACGUUUUUAAGGCGGAUCUUCCGGGGCUGAAGAAAGAGGAAGUAAAGGUUGAGGUUGAGGAAGGUAAUGUACUGCAAAUUAGUGGAGAGAGGAGCAGGGAGAAAGAGGAGAAGAAUGAUACCUGGCACCGUAUGGAGAGGAGUUCUGGCCGAUUCCUCCGCCGCUUCAGGCUGCCUGAGAAUGCAAAAAUGGAUCAGGUUAAGGCCAGCAUGGAGAAUGGUGUGUUAACUGUAACUGUCCCCAAAGUGGAGGUGAAGAAGCCUGAUGUCAAAGCCAUUGAGAUUUCUGGUUAGAAGACUCAAAAUACAAAGAAAUUGUUUUGAAGUCUAACGUAUUUUGUAUGCGUUCAUAUGUAUUGGUGUAUGAAUCUUAUAACUGUGUUGUUGGUGAAAUGGUUGACUUUUGAAGUGUGAUGUUCUAUGUUUUGUUGAAUAAAACUUGUUUUAUUUGAAUAUA